UGGUUGUUCUGUUUGGUUUGGUUUGAUGUAUUAAAAUAAAAGUUAAAGGGGAUUUGAUGAACUGAUGAUGGGCACAUCUACUGCCGAUUGCCUCUUUUAUGUGGAUUGUCCCACUUGCUUCUGAUCCACCAAAAAAAUUUUAAAAAUAAUGAUAUCCCGGUCGUCUGCAGAUGGAUUAAACGACAUUUCGGUUUUCAGUAGCAGUGUGAAGGAUGAAUAGAAACAAGGUGAUGAAUCCAGUUGUGGCUAAACAAUAGCAUAUGACGGUUAGCAACCGUGUGGUGAACACCUCCAUCACAACCAAAUUCGUCAGGGCGGGGGAAUCUUGUCAGCGAGUGAAAGCCGGGCCAAUGUUUAUUCUGUAUAUCCUGUUCGCUUUUUUCCCCUCCUCAGACAAAACUUGUUGUCUCUUUUGUUGCUCUGCCAUCUUUGCAGAAUUCACACAAAGGAUUCAGCACAUUUGUAUUUUUGUGUGUGUGUUUUUGGCAGGGUUCCUGCAACCCUCCUCAAAGAUGCCGGUGAAAGAGAUACAAACCCCCUCAAGAUAUAAAAUGUGUCAUUCAACUCGUUGUCAGUUCACGUAUUAUCACAAAUGUUAUGAAAAUCUUUUCUAAAGGUUGAAAAGUUACCUAGUGUUGCUUUAAAAAUGGAUCUAUAUAUUAAAUUGAUAUCAAAAUAAUUUUUAAAAACUAUAGGCUUUAAAAAGAUUGUAUUUGUGCUCCAGAUUUACUAUGUUUAUAUUUUUUAAACCCAUGGCAUGGGGUUACUUUGUAGACUGGGAGGGGCUGGUAAACCAGCGACGGAACGACUUGGACGUUUCCUCCUCCGGCCGAUAGGUAGCGGCAGUGCACCAGCAUGUCAAGAAAAUGAAGAGGAAGCCCAAGUGUUGACUCGGUGCGUCCACGUCAGCGACAGCGAGCCGGUGCGCCAGCUGAGCUUUCAUUCCUUCCCUCGGCAAGUUUCUGGCCGGCCGGCGAUGGCGGACGAAAGCACCCGCAAGACGGUGUCCCAGAUCCCGCUGCUGAAGACGCACGCCGGGCCGCGGGACCACGCGCUGUGGCCGCAGCGCCUCAAGGAGGAGUACCAGGCCCUCAUCCGCUUCGUGGAGAACAACAAGGCGGCCGACAACGACUGGUUCCGCCUGGAAUCCAACGCGGACGGCACGCGCUGGAGCGGCACUUGCUGGUUCGUGCACGAACUGCUGCGUUACGACUUCCGCCUGGAGUUCGACAUCCCCGUCACCUACCCGGACACUGCGCCGGAAGUGGCGCUGCCGGAGCUGGACGGCAAGACGGCCAAGAUGUACCGCGGAGGCAAGAUCUGCCUGACGGACCACUUCGCGCCUCUGUGGGGCCGCAACGCGCCGCGUUUCGGCCUGGCUCACCUCAUGGCCCUCGGACUCGGCCCUUGGCUCGCCGUUGAAGUGCCGGACCUCAUCGCUAGGGGGCUCGUCGUGCACCGGGAGAAGCCCGGCCACUGACGGCGUCGCGUCGUGAAAAGAAAAAACAAUCUGUCCUAUUGCCAACUCAUUGUAUAAACCGGUUUCUGUAAAAUCAACAAAUACCACCAUUUUUUUGGCUCCUCACACAAAGACCGACACUAGGUUUUGUGGUACCGGCCGACGACGAUAUCACGUUUGUUGGAGAAAAAAAAUAUUUUCUUUCAAUAUUAAAUUACUGCAUAUUCACUUGACUACCAUGACUUGGUCAGACACUAAACUGCUAUUGACGGCGCUCUCUCAUUGAUGGGAGAUAUAAGUGGAUUUUAAGGGGGGCCAGGCCCCCUCUGGUGGCCGAAAAGUGUCAUUGCAUGAAAUUGACCCCUCUCUCUCUAUAUAUUAUAUUAGGGCUGUCAAACGAUUACAAUUUUUAAUCGAGUUAAUUACAGCUUAAAAAUUAAUUAAUCGCAAUUCAAACCAUCUAUAAAAUAUGCCAUAUUUUUCUGUAAAUUAUAUAUACAUUCUGUAAACUAAAUUGUUGGAAUGGAAAGAUAAGACCCAAGAUGGAUAUAUACAUUCAACAUACGGUACAUAAGGACUGUAGUGGGCAUUUCACUCUACUGUCAUUUAAAUCCGUCUAUGCUGUCCUCACGCCGAAGGGUCUACUUUUUCCAAAGCUAGACAGCUAGUGAACGACGCCAUAAUAAUCAGACUUCUUCCUUUUUCAUCUGAUUUAUUAAUAAAAUGGCCUCAAAUCAUUGUCCUCUUUAGACCGUCGUAAAGCUACAAAAAAAAGUACACAAGCAUUGCAUUAGCAACAAUGUUAGCUUAGCACGCUAUACAGGUUAAGUAAACAUACACAAAAAGCGGCUCAUACAAAAAAUAUACCAUUUCGGUUAUUAACAUAAUAUGUACAUUCUUUACAACAACCAUACUUACGGACAAAUCUUGUCCAAGGAUCAUAUAAGCACGACAGAGACGUCGUGCAGCCAUGUAGAACUGGCAAGACAAAAUUAAACCAUGUCGCAAAGCGACCACAAGAGUUCGCUGUUAGACAGCAUAAAAAGCCUUGCUGUAAAUCUUACCAAAAGGCAGAAUACUGUCUGAAUGGGACAUGUGCGUUAAUUGCGUCAAAUAAUUUGACGUGAUUAAUUUAAAAAAUUACCGCGCGUUAACGCGUUAAUUUUGACAGCCCAAGUUCAAAUGCAAAUUUUUCAAUCUCAAAUAUUUUUUCGUAUUAUAAAACAUUUUCUAUGAUUGACAUUUUUCUUUUAUUGAUGUUUCUUUUUGAAAAUAUUUUUUUGAUUUAAAAAUAAAGACAAAAACGUCCUAGCCAAAAUGUGGCCCAAACACAAAUCAACAUUGCUUCAAUUAAAAAAAAUAAUCAAAGAAAAAUAGCUUUCACAUGCAUUUUUUUUUGCAUUCACUUUUUUUUUUUUUUUUUAUUAAAGCGACUUUUUUGGGUUGAAAAUAUACAUUUUGAUUGAAGCAACUUUUUUUUUGGAUUGAAUAAUUAAGACACAAAUCGACCUCCAUAUGGCUCCACCCAGGGGAUACAAUUUUUGACUGGGGUAACUACAUUGGCACGACACCAACGGGUGUGCCAUAUUCAAUGGAUGGCGAUCUUGGUGAAAAGUAUUGCCUUCGCAGCCUUGAUGGGAAACAAAAAACGCUCAUUGUCAACUUAUUAUUAUGAAUAUUCUUGUAAGUUAAUUUUAUUGCUGACACUGCGUUUCGAGGUCUUCAACAUGUCGUGCCCCCCCCCAAAAGUCAAACUCAGUCUAUGAUGGGAGGGCAUACUGUGUUUAGACCAGGAAAAGAACAAAUAACAUUUUUUCCCUCAUUUACUUUUGACGAUGUCAGACGUCCAGUCAAUUUGAAGAAGGUGGGUCAGCAGUUCCCCCACUUCAAAUGGAUUGGACGUCUACUUGUGAUAAACUAAUUGGUAGGAGGGUGCGUCUUGGCUGGAGGAAGGAUGUUUUUACCUCAUUGGGUGCCAUUAAAGGACCUGGACGAAUGAAAGUGCGACAAGUGCAGUACCGCUGGAAGGUGGGUGCUCAAGCACCCCCUGGUGUGUGUGUGUGGGGGGGGAGAUGAACUAGGGCUGCAGCUAUCGAAUAUUUAGGUAAUCAAUUAUAACACUUUUUAAGAUGAAGAGCAAUUACCGUAAUGGCUCGAAUAUAAGACUUGUUUUUUCUCAUUGAAAUAUCACUGAAAAAGAGGGGGUCGUCAUAUUCGCAGUCUAGACAUUAUACCCAUUCACGACGAAAGAUGGCGCCAGAUAUCCUUGAAGCGAUGUUCUGUCAUAAUAGAUCUCAGCUACUCUCCUCAUUCACGACGCUAGAUGGCGCCAGAUAUUGAGGCGAUGUUCGGUCAUCACAGAUCUCAGCUACUCUUUUUAGUUUAACCAGUUUGCAUUAUUCUAUUGCAAUGUUUUUCCUUAUUCAGAUUUGUUUCAAGACUACAGUUAGACUUCACUUUGAUGGUUAAUGCAGGUAUUGCAAUUUUGUUGUUUUAUCACAACAGAUUGGUUUAUUUACAUUUAAAAAACCAGAGGCCAUUCAUUUACGAAUGUGAUUGCGCUUUAGUUUACAUAAUUAAAUGUUCAGAUAUUAAGAUUUGAAUAAGGCAAAAUAACAUGCUUCUACUCUUUAACAUUGUUAUAAUCAUUUGUUUCGGAUGUACUGUAAUUAUUUUCUGUAUAAAAAUAAUUUGGUGUUCAAAAAGUAUUUUUUUCCAAAUUUGAGUCUUGAAAAAGAGGGGGUCGUCUUAUAAUCAGGGCCGUAUUAUAUUCGGGCCAAUACGGUACAACACGACAUUUCAGCUAAUAUUAAACCAUUUUUAGACAAUCUCUUUCAGAUGUACACUGUUGAAAACAGCCAACAAUUGCAUCUCAGAUGUGAAAAUUCCUUGAUCAAUUUUCAAAAUCGUUUACUCGAAUUAUUCGAGUAAUCGUUACAGCUAUACCAGUUAAUAUAAAUGUGAUACACAAAGUAUGAGAAAGCCAGUUUAAUUCAGUACAAAAAAAGAAACUUGAGGGGGUGCUGCCCGUUAUUCGGACACCCAAAGCUUAAAGGUUCUGUCGUAGGAGCACGUGGCGAUGAGUUUGGCGUCGGGCGACACGUCCACGCCCAUCACCUGAGAAGCAAACGCGCAUCCAUCAAUACGUGCGCACGCGUCGCAACAAAAAAUGGGUGGGUACCUUCCCCUCGUGGCCAGCCAGCGUCUUGAGCGGCAUCCAGCCGGGGUGACUCCAAACCUUGGCCAUGUUGUCGUACGCGCCCGUCAACAGGAAUUGGCCGUCUGUGGCUGGGGGAGGAAACGCGGACAAAAGCGCUUUAGGCUAAUGGAUUAACUCUUUUUGACGCUAAGGUUUCAACAAAAGAAAUGUACGACUUUGGUUUCAAUGCUGUAAGCAGUUUCUGCUGCUGAUGAAGUUCAUAAAUAAAAGCGUUGGGCGAAAAUUUGUUAAAAAUGGUCAUUUUACAACAAAAGACUCAUACCAUGAAAUUCAAAUGUUCUCAUAGCAACAAAAAUCUUUUUUUUUUUUUUUUACAUCUUAGCUUUCAAAAUUAAAGAAAUUCUCAAAAAUAAUUUUAUGACCUAAGACUAAUAAUUAAAAAAUUAAAAAAAUUGUUAAACUAAUUCAUCAAAUCGGAUAUUUUUUUUGUCCAAGCAAUGUAAAACUGACAUGAAACGAAUCUUGUAAAAACGCAAAUCACUCAAUUUUUCUUUUAC